AUGGCUGAACGAAGCAGCCGAAGAAGGCAUUUAUCAAAGAAUCAGAAAGAUUUUUUGAAAAAAACUCUACUUCGUCUUCUUGCGGUUCUAUCUGAGCAAGUAGAGGAAGAAAUGAAAGCCACAAAACGUACUUGGGUUAAAAAAUGGAUUAGAAGAAGAGAUGAACUCGGCACUUCUAAUCAUCUUUUAAAAGAGUUAGCUGCCGAGGAUCCGAAAGAGUACCGGGUUUUUUUAAGACUAACUCCGGAGAUGUUUAACAAUUUGCUAUGCCGAAUUUCAGAUACAAUUCAACGGCAGAACACAAUAAUGAGAGGCAGUUUAUCUGCAAAAAUUAAACUGGAAUUAACGCUGACCUUUUUAGCCAGUGGAUGCAGUUAUAGAACGCUGAGCCAUCUCUUCCGUGUGCCUAAGAGCACCAUCAGUUCUACGAUUCCAGAAGUUUUGGAUGCUAUUUAUGAAAGCUUGAAUGAAUUCAUAAAGGUCCCCUCUACUACAGAAGAAUGGGCUGCUAUUAAGCAAGGUUUUUUGAAUGCGUGGAAUUUCCCAAAUUGUCAUGGGGCACUUGAUGGAAAACAUGUCCUGAUACAGGCACCUCCUAAUUGUGGCUCACAAUUUUUCAACUACAAAGGAUUCCACAGUAUAAUUCUACUAGCAUUAGCUAGUUGGGAUUACACGUUUCUGUAUAUUAAUGUUGGAUGCAAUGGAAUAGUUUCCGAUUGAGGAGUACUACAGAACAGUGCGCUCUACGAAAAAUUAGAACGAUACACUUUAUUUCGUACAGAUGGAUGCAUUAUUGGGGAUGAUGCGUUUCCCUUGAAACCAUAUUUGAUGAAGCCAUUCAAAAUUCA